AGUAAACUUCACAUUGUUUAUAUGGGCUCACUUCCUAAUAGAGUAUCAUACUCUCCAACAUCGCAUCAUCUCACUAUGUUGGAACAAAUCAGUGGGGAUAGUGGUGUAGAAAAUCUCUUGGUACAAAGUUAUAAGAGAAGUUUUAAUGGUUUUUCUGCCAUUCUUAAUGACCAACAAAAGGAAAAACUUCUCAACAUGAAUGAAGUGGUUUCAGUUUUUCCAAGCCAAAAUUUUCACAUACAAACUACAAGAUCAUGGGAUUUUCUUGGAUUUUCUCAAUCAAUCAAAAGGGAUAAAACUAUUGAAAGUGAAUUGAUAAUUGGAGUUUUGGAUACAGGAAUAUGGCCAGAGUCUGAAAGUUUUAACGACAAAGGUCUUGGUCCCAUUCCAAAUAAAUGGAUGGGAGUUUGUAAAGGCGGUUCUAACUUCACUUGCAACAAAAAAAUUAUUGGAGCACGAUUUUACGGUGAUGGAGUGGAUAAUGCAAGAGAUAAUGAAGGUCAUGGAACCCACACAUCAUCCACUGUAGGUGGAAGAGAGGUGCAAGGUGUGAGUUUUUAUGAUCUUGCAAAAGGUACUGCUAGAGGUGGAGUUCCAUCUUCAAGGAUUGCUAUGUAUAAAAUUUGUAGUCUAGAUGGUUCGUGCAGUAGUAGUGAUAUCUUAGCUGCAUUUGAUGAUGCCAUUGCUGAUGGAGUGGACAUCAUCACAAUUUCAAUUGGGUUCUCACGUGGCCUUGAAUUUCUAAAAGAUCCUAUAGCUAUUGGUUCUUUUCAUGCCAUGGAGAAAGGAAUACUCACAUCGCAUUCUGCAGGAAAUUCUGGUCCUGACCCAAGUUCUACUGAAAGUGUAGCACCUUGGUUAUUUAGUGUUGCGGCAACUACCAUAGAUCGUCAAUUCAUUGAUAAACUCAUUCUUGGAAAUGGAAAUAUUCUCGUUGGUAGGUCAAUUAAUACUUUCACUUCAAAUGGCACAAAAAUGCCAAUAGUUGAGGCUUCUUGCUUGGAGGGCUUUGACAAAACAAUGGUCAAAGGUAAAAUUGUUUUGUGUGGAUCACCUUGGCAUGAAGAAUCAGCUUUUGAAAGUGGCGCAUUUGGCAUAGUCUCAAAUGUUGAACUUAACGAUAUUUCUUUUGUAUCUCAAAUUCCUUCAGUUAACCUAGAUUCAAAAGACUAUGGUAUUGUUCUAUCUUACACAAAUUCAACUAAAUCUCCUAUAGCUGAAAUUUUGAAGAGUGAGAUCUUCCAUGACUCAACUGCUCCUAGAAUUGCAUCUUUCUCUUCUUGUGGCCCGAACUCAGUGGUUCCAGACAUUAUGAAACCUGAUAUAAGUGCCCCAGGAGUGGGUAUCUUGGCUGCAUUUUCACCUCUAGCCCCACCCUCUGGAAAUGUCGGUGAUAAGAGAAAGGUCAAGUACAACAUAGAUUCCGGAACCUCUAUGGCAUGUCCCCACAUUGCUGGAAUUGCUGCAUAUGUGAAAUCUUUUCAUCCAGAUUGGUCACCUGCAACUAUCAAAUCUGCCAUCAUGACUACAGCAAAACCAAUGAAUGGUGCUUAUAAUAAUAUGGCUGGUGAGUUUUCUUAUGGAUCAGGGAAUGUUAAUCCACGAUUAGCUAUUCAACCAGGACUUAUUUAUAACAUUACAAAGGACGAUUAUGUCCAAAUGCUUUGUAAUUAUGGUUACGAUAAUGGAAAAAUUAAACAAAUUAGUGGAGAAAACUCAAGCUGUCAUAGAGCUUCUAACCCAUCUUUGGUAAAAAAUCUAAAUUAUCCUGCACUAGUGAUUUCAGUGUUUCCUCAUAAACCUUUCAAUAUCAAGUUUUCUAGAAUAGUUACAAAUGUUGGCUCACACAACGCAACCUACAAGGCUAUUAUCACCCCAAUUCUAAAUGUCAAGAUUACGGCAAAGCCAAAUCUUUUCUCGUUCAAAUCAUUACUAGAGACCCAAUCAUUUGUUGUCACCGCUGUUGGAAGAGUAGGAUCACGUCAAAUUGAGUUUUCAUCGUCGCUUGUUUGGUCAGAUGGCAUCCACAAUGUCAAGAGCCCAAUCAUUGUGCAUAUAAAAUCCUAA